GUGAAAAACAUGGCGAUACCCGUUACUGCAGCUCGUCUCUGUUGCCUGGCAGGACGGACUGUUACCUCCCUGUCAGUCAGACACUGGCGGGCUGUCAGCUUGCCCACGAGAAGAUGCUACAUAUCCACCUCGACGGCGAGCAAUCUUCAGUUCAGGCUUGAUGAGCGAACAGCUCACAGCAGUCUGGACCUCUUCAAGAAAGACACUGGCGUCAUCUACCGCAUGCUGGGUCUGGACCCCAGCCACGUGCAAGACAACCCGGAGCGCUUCCGAGAAUGGGCCGUCGUGUUUGGCGAUGAGAAGAUCAGCGGUGGACGACACUACUGGGAGGUGACGGUCAAAAAGUCACAAGAGUUUCGUCUGGGUGUGGCCGAGGCGCUGAUGUCCCGAGAGGACUGCGUGGGCACCAACAGCUCUUCCUGGGUGUUCGGCUACGCUCAGCGCAAGUGGUUUACCAUGACCAACAAUAAGAUAGUGCCUGUGACACUGGUGGGCAAGCCGGACCGCGUAGGCAUCCUACUCGACUAUGAAGCGGGCCUCCUGGCCCUGGUGGACACAGAAAACCCCAAUAUCAUUCACACCAUCAGGGUUCAGUUCAAGGCUCCCCUCUGCCCCGCGUUUGGACUUUGGGACGGGGAGCUGCUCACACAUUCUGGUCUGGAGGAGCCUGAAGGCCUGAAGUGAAGCAGGAUGAACUGUGAUGGUGAUGAUUGUGAUGGCCAUGAAAAGCUGUGGGGUUGCAUUUGCAACAUUUACCACAAGGAAAAAAAGCAAUAUCUAUGUAAGAGUCACUUACAGCUCAAUUGCAGGUGAUGGUUAAUUUUCUGUGGUCCAGCAGGUUCAUAAUCACGACUCUUAACAAUGCAAGUUAAUACUUUGUGUAUGUCAUUCAGCCUCAGGCAAUCACAUCGCUGGAGCUGUCUUAUGUUUACCUCAUGUAUCACCUCUCAGACUAACUGAUGUAAAAAUUAUGUGUGGUUGUUUUAGAGAGGAACAUAAACUGCCAUGUUGUUGGUUUACUCUGUGUUCUGGUGUCACACACAGUUACAAAGCUGAAAUCAACACAAAACCUUUUUCAGUCUCAUGUUCAUACUGUAUAUCAUUUAAUAAAAUAACUUCA